AUUUAAUGUCAUGUUGAAUAUAUAAUCAUGUCUGACAAAAUAUUUGAGAAUUUUAAAGGCGAUGUUUCUGAAAAUACCCUGAAAGCCAUUGGCGAUAUGGGAUUCACAACAAUGACUGAAAUACAACAUAAAUCAAUUCCACACUUAUUAAAAGGGAGGGAUAUGGUUGCAUCUGCAAAAACUGGUAGUGGUAAAACUUUGGCAUUUUUAAUUCCUGCUAUUGAACUCAUUAAUAAAUUAAAGUUUAUGCCAAGAAAUGGGACUGGAUGUAUUAUUAUAUCGCCAACUAGAGAACUUUCAAUGCAAACAUUUGGAGUAUUGAGAGAAUUGCUUAAAUAUCAUAGUCAUACAUAUGGUCUUGUUAUGGGUGGAGCUAAUAGACAGGAGGAAAAGAAAAAACUGGCUAAGGGCAUUAAUUUUUUGGUAGCUACACCUGGACGCCUUUUAGAUCAUUUGCAAAGCACAUCUGAAUUUAUGGUAAAAAAUCUUCAAUGUUUAAUAAUUGAUGAGGCUGAUAGGAUUCUUGAAAUUGGAUUUGAAGAAGAUAUGAAACAAAUUAUUAGAUUAUUACCCAAACAAAGACAAACUCUGUUAUUUUCUGCCACUAUGACCAACAAAACAGAAAAUCUAGUCAAACUUGCCUUAAAAUGUGAACCAAUGUAUGUGGGAGUUGAUGAUAAUAAGGCUCAAGCUACUGUCGAUGGAUUACAACAGGGUUACGCUAUAUGUCCUUCUGACAAACGAUUCUCUUUGCUCUUCACAUUCCUCAAGAAAAAUUUAACCAAAAAAAUAAUGGUAUUUUUCAGUAGUUGCAUGUCCGUCAAAUUUCAUCACGAGUUAUUGAAUUAUGUGGACCUACCUUGUUCAAGCAUUCACGGCAAACAAAAGCAAAUGAAACGGAGUGAAACGUUUUUCAAAUUUGUUCAGAGCUCUAAGGGUAUCCUUUUAUGCACAGACGUGGCAGCCAGAGGUCUAGAUAUACCCCACGUUGAUUGGAUAGUUCAAUUCGAUCCACCAGAUGAUCCUAAAGAGUAUAUCCACAGAGUCGGCCGAACAGCUCGUGGAUUUUCAUCAUCGCCUGAUAAAUCUAAUCAAGCGACAGGCAAUGCUAUUUUGAUCCUUAGGCCCGAGGAAGCAGGGUUUUUGAUAUAUCUCAAACAAGCCAAGGUGGAAAUGAACGAAUACGAAUUCGCAUGGAAUAAAAUAGCUGAUGUUCAAGGCCAACUCGAAGACUUAGUAAUUCAAAAUUAUUAUCUUAAUCUCUCAGCAAAGGAGGCUUACAAAAGUUUUGUUCGAGCCUAUGCUUCUCAUAACCUCAAAACCGCGUUUGACGUACAAACUCUCGAUUUAGUUGCUGUAGCUAAAUCAUUUGGGUUCUCCAACCCUCCACAUGUCGAUUUAAGUGUUUGUUAUUCCAAGAAGGGAAAAUUAAAGAAAAAUCUUAAAAGAAUAGCUGGUGAUUCAUAUGGCAAUUCUAAUUCGAAAAAAAUUAAAAAGGCUGUAAUUUACAAAAAAAUCGAUCGAUUCGAAGGAAAAAGUGGCAAUUUUGGCAAGGGGCGAUCUAAAUUUUCUAGAUUUUGACUGCAGCUAUUUAAAUUGAAAUUAUUUUUAUUAAGUAAAUGUAAUUUGUAUAAAAUAUUUUGAAUAA